GCAACGGCACACGGAAGCAGGCUCCGUGCCAAGUCACAAAAAUAUCGCACCAAAGUCCCGAAAAUAAAACGGAUCGUAUAAACACCCAUUGCAAUUGGAUUUUAGUGUAAAAACGGCUAUUGAUAAUUCGACCAGGAUUCGAAAAAAGUGAAAUUUUUUGCACUUCGGCCCAAACGUUUCGCAAUCAUUGCGAGUAAAAAUAAAUAAAUAAAUAAAUAUUACAAAAUUCAAUUAAAGCAAUUGGCAGCUCGUAAAAUUUUACACCAAGGCUAAAUUGUGGUUUAAGCCAGGCCAAGAUAUCGAAAUCGAAAUUAACGUAGCCGCGUAGCUUAAAACUUUUUAACACUUUCAUUUUCGCUGGAAGUUGUCGUUUUCGUUGGGUUCGUCAUCGCUGCGGUCGCUUUAUCUUUCGUCGAGUGUGUUAAAUAAUAGUAAACAAAAAGUGAACGAAUCUACAACAAUUUUCGGCAAAUGUUCAACAGCUUUGUAAACUAAAAACGGAAACUGCAUUUAAAGUUGAUGUUCGGCAAGAUGCAAACGAAGGCGUUUCUACUCUGCCUGGUUCUCUCUUCGGGAGCCUUGUUUUCCGCUCUGGCUGAAUCCGAUGACUCCUAUGACGAGGAGCAACCUAUGCACCUGACCAACGACGCGUCUUUCUUUCAGCCGCAUCUGCACGACCGUCGUCUGGGCCGCCAGUUAAGUGAGGAUCUUGGCCUGAGUCUUAGCCAAUCGACCAGCAGCGGAAGUGCCAGCAGUCAGUCCAGUUCCGCCUACGAAGACGAGGACGAUGUAGAGGGCUCCAGCGAGUACUACGAUAGCGAUGAGGAUCAGACGGAAGGCAGUAAUGAGUCGCUGCCACGUUUGCUUUCCCAGUCAACCUUUAACCGCAUUUCGGAGACCCUGGGCGCCUUAAAUCAUGUGGGUCACAUGCUGGUGGACAUGACCCGAGGGGGUCAGGAGCAAGCUAAAACGGAGGGGUUGGAAAAAAGUGAGGACAAGAGUCAGAGCGAGAGCUCCAGUACCACUGUGGGAGUGUCGACCACCACGGAAGCUGCAAGCACUUCAUCCGCUCCGAGUCCUCUGGGAAAAUCAGAACCACUUCCAGGGGUAUCCGGAAAACUUAUGGAUACGCUUCCCAUAACACUCUCGGCCAAUAGUCUGCUGCCAGCAGGCAAGCCCGCCAAUCUGAGUGUCCUGCAAGUGGCCACCAAAAGGAUUGGACUGGAUGACCAGUCCCCAAUGUUUGUGGAAAAUAAGGAGCUCAAGCAGAAGAAGAAGAAAAAGAAGAACAAGAACAAGCAGAAGAUUAAGAAACCCAACGAGGAAGCUAUCCAAGUCAUACCAGGACUUCAAGGUGCCCAGGGAUCUCAGCAAUCCCAGCAAAAGAUCAAAAUCCCCACCACACCAAGAACCACCACAACGAGUACAACCACUACAUUGGCUCCAGUCACAUCGCGACCCUUGGAUCAACUGGCGCUGGCUAGUGAUGAGCCUGGAACUGGAAAGGAUGUGGAGAACUAUUGCAAGACUCCAAGUGGCAGGCCAGGACGUUGCGAAGAUCUAAGCAGUUGUCCGGCUUUACUUUUGAACCUCAGCAGUCUUCGGGAAUCCCUCUGUUUUAAGAGUCUCUUUGUUCCGGGAGUGUGCUGCCCCAUCUCUUCGACCUCCACGUCAGGAGAGAGUUCCACCGUAUUGACCACUCAGAGGCCUCUCAAGUUAACCACAAGAGCCACUCCUAGUCCGAGUACCACCAAAGCCACCCAACCAACUAAACGCACCACUGUACGACCCACACCGCGCCCCACUUCGGGUCUUGUUCUGAUUCCCCAAAAGAAGCCAUCGACAACAAGUACAACGACCACCACAGAGGUGCCACUGGAACCGGAGGGACUGGACGAAAUUGGCAAUAACAUCGUGGAUCCGGAUGAGUGCGGACAGCAGGAGUACUCCACAGGCCGGAUAGUGGGUGGAGUGGAGGCUCCCAACGGUCAGUGGCCCUGGAUGGCGGCUAUUUUCCUCCACGGACCCAAGCGAACCGAAUUCUGGUGCGGAGGUUCUCUUAUUGGAUCCAAGUAUAUUCUUACAGCGGCGCAUUGCACUCGAGAUUCCAGACAGAAGCCGUUUGCUGCCCGCCAGUUCACGGUGAGAUUGGGGGACAUUGAUUUGUCUACAGAUGCCGAGCCCUCCGACCCAGUGACCUUUGCCGUCAAGGAAGUUCGCACUCAUGAGCGAUUCUCCCGUAUUGGCUUUUAUAACGACAUAGCCAUCUUAGUUUUGGACAAGCCUGUGAGAAAGUCCAAGUAUGUGAUUCCUGUAUGUCUGCCAAAGGGACUUAGGAUGCCGCCCAAGGAGCGUCUGCCGGGUAGGAGGGCCACUGUGGUGGGCUGGGGAACCACUUACUAUGGUGGCAAGGAGUCCACCAGCCAACGGCAAGCAGAGUUGCCGAUUUGGAGAAACGAGGACUGCGAUCGCAGCUAUUUCCAGCCCAUUAACGAGAACUUCAUUUGUGCUGGCUACUCUGACGGAGGUGUCGAUGCUUGUCAGGGCGACUCUGGUGGUCCCUUGAUGAUGCGAUAUGACUCUCACUGGGUUCAGUUGGGUGUGGUUUCCUUUGGCAACAAAUGUGGUGAGCCUGGCUAUCCAGGUGUCUAUACUCGCGUAACUGAGUACCUGGACUGGAUUCGUGAUCACACGCGGGACUAAUCAGUGUUCAUCUAUUGAACUGCCCGUUCCACCGUAGCCCGUAACUGUAGUCUAGGUUUAGAUAUGCACUAGUCUAUGUACUAUUAAUGUCCCCUUCCCUUCUCUUCUAAAAUGCAGAGUCCUAUUUAUUAACCACGGCCCAUUGCUAUGACAUUAAGCAUUUAUUGA